CCGACGGACCAGACUAAAAUUCGUUUCUUUCGAUUGAAGGAACAUGGCUGUUCGGUGCAGACGGUGGACCUGGUGGCGGACUGUCCUUUGCAGGUAGUGACACCGUCGUCGAGGUCGCCGUCACCACCCAGAUCGCCGACGCCCGCGACGCCCUUGACGCCCCUCGCACCGCCGAGGAGCAUGGGUCAACGGCCAAGCACCCUGCUGCGCCCCAAAAUCUCUUUGACCUGGGUCUUACGCGGGCAACAGCAACCUGCGUCCAACAACAAUCACUCUACCGCCAAUGGGAACGCAGGUGGGAACGGCGAUCGAGAGGCCUUGUCGCGAGACAGUAAGGAAAGGUCCUCGAAGAGGAGUGUGAAAAGCGUGAAGGAAAAAGAUAGCGGUAAAGAAAACGUCGACGCAGAGAAGCGAGAGAAGAAGAUCCUGCAUAGAAUAGAGAAGAUCGAGAGGACAGAAAAAGUGGAGGCGCAAGAAAAGUCUGUCGGUAAAGAGAUACUGGUCAACGAAAGAUCGUUGGACAGUCCUCUGGAGAAGCAGUCCGAAAAGGAAUUUUCAGGGCUGAAGGAGACGAAAGAGAAGGAGAAAGUUAAGAGGGCAGUGUCCGAACCAUCUCUCGUAUCUCGUGAGUCAACGUCCACGCCUAGUGGCCGGGAGAAACACAGGCAUCGAAGGACUAAACGAUCCCACAAGCCCAGACCUCCGAGCAGAUUUGGCUACGAAAUAGCGGAUCUCGAUGCGUACCUCACCAAAGCCUCGAUAGAAAAACCUGCCAAUAUUCCUGUGGUCCUCUCGUUUCCAUCCGUCCUGUACCAGACUCAAGGUGGUACUCAAGAUGAGAUGGCCCUCCCUCUUGGAACAGUUGUAAAUGCGGUGUUCAAGAAUCAAACCUGGUUGUACGUUCAAACUCCACACGGCCAGGAAGGAUAUGUCGGCUACGCAGCUUGUUUACCAUUAGGAAUAUUACCACAACCAACCAGAGGACCAUGUUGGGAGGACUCUACAGACGUAUUUCCUCGUCCCUUAGGCAAUAUGACUGAUGCGGAGAAGCUCAGAGACACGAGAUCAGAGUGCGGAGCUCGAGGCAGAAAUCCAAGGGUAAGACGAAGUUCUAGGGACGCAGUGUCAGCGUGUGGGGAACGCAGCGUCGACAGAUUGUACCUGAGGGCCGCGGCGAACGCUCGAACCAAAGGAUCUCGGCACACUUUGCUCGUCAUACGCAGCGACUAUGAAGGUCAAGGUGGCAAUGCUCUAAGCGUCUCCAAAGGCGACGUUGUUGCACUGCUUAGCGAUCACGUCAGUGAUUGGUUCUGGGUCCGUUCGCGAGACGGCCGGGAAGGAUUUAUACCUGCGGUGAUAGCAGGUCAUGGAUUCCUAUGACUAUUGCGCUGCUAUUGUCUAAAAUUAGUUGCUCGUUCGUCGAGACUCUUCGCGAAUAAAUCAUUGUUGUAUUAAUUUGUCAUUUAACUUUUUAUCUUCGUUUAAUUUUUUCUAACAAAAGCCGCAGUGCUCUUCGUAAUGAGAAUUUGGUAUGUUCAAUAUCCAACUAAUUUUAAACGGACACCACAUUAUACAUACUUCAUAAAUGAUCUGUUAGUCGAAUCUACUGAGAGUUGAAAAAGAAAUCGCAACUAACAAACAAAUACCUGUACAUUUGUAAAAAGUUUUACAUCAUAUUUUAUAAAAUGC